AUGCUCGGCUACGGCGCGCCACUCACGGUGCUGCCGCUCGACGGCGGCGCGCCGGGGGCGGCCGACCUCUCCAGCUUCCUCUGGGAGGCCCCAGGCGCCGCCGGCCGCUUCGCUGGCAUCAUAAUGCACCCCGACGUCGAGGCGCUGGGAUACAUGACCGCCGCCCAGGCCUCGGCAAUCAAGGAGUACCAGCGCCAGACGGGCGCGCGCGCUUUGAAGUUUGACGCCGCCCCGGCGAGCUACGGCAUGGCGCCCGCCGCGUGCGCGAGCGGCGACGCGCGGCUGGCCCUCACGCCCGCGGCGCCACUGGGCUCGAGCGGCGUGCGGGUGGGGGCGGUGCUGUCCGGGCAGGGGCUCAAGAGGUGCCCCGGUUUCGAGGCCACCGCCAGCGGCACCUGCUGCAACCAGCUGGCAGGCGCGCAAGCGCCCAGCUGCGCCCCCUGCCGAGCCACGCCCAUCCUCCGCGCCUCUGAUCCUGCGCCCCCCACCGCCGCCGCCGCCGCUGCGGGCCCCGCGGGCGCGCUCGACGCACAAACGGCGGGCGUGCUGGUCACUCACGGCGACGGCCGCGAGGCGAUGGCGCUGAUGCUGCAGUGCAGCGACGAGUCGUCGGCGUGCUUCGUGCUGGGUCACCUGGGAGUCGCGUGGGCUCUGCAGAACCUCAUCCCUGGGGAGCGGCGCGUGCUGCUGUCGCUGCAGUGCAACAUCACCACUACAUGA